AUGGCAAUCAAGGAAGUUGGACAUGUAAUCAGCUCAAUUGGAUUCCACACGAGUAAGUUGUCAAAUCUUGAAACUGCUGGAAUUCGCUGGUCAUGUCUUCCUUUUGAAAGUCCACCAUUAUCAUCAUAUCAACUCGUUAUGUCUUUGAAGCAAAGUUGUGAUCCUUCAUUGGCUGUGAAGAAAUGUUUUCUGUAUUGCUCUCCUUUUCCAAGAUCCACUAUUUUGGAUGGGGAAGAAAUUGUGCAGCUCUGGAUGGCGCAGUGCUUCUUAACCAUUCCCUAUCAUCAAUCUCAAUCUCAUAAAGAAAUGGAGGAGUUAGGCAAUGAUUACUUUGACCUCUUGAUACAACGUUACAUGCUUCAAGUGGUUGAAAUUGAAAAGGGCUCCAGAAGCAGUAGUAGCAGUAUUACGAGUUGCAAGAUGCACAAAGUUGUCCAUGAGUUUGCAUGUGGAUUAAUGGGAAACUUCUGUUUAGUCACAGGUGCACAUGAACGAAAUCAUGUCGCCUUGAGUAGUUCUACACAUGUAUUGUGGAUCAACAAGAAAAGGACAGGCCUAAGAUUCAAGGAAUCGCUUCCAAGGCUGCGGACUCGAAAUCUCGAGAAUUCGCAUUUUCCUAAUGGAUUGAUUAACAUACGGGUGAGUGAAACAACCAAAACAGCCAAUGGAUGCCAAAUACUGGAGUUAGGGCCAUUGCAAUCCCUGAAAGGUGAGUUAAAGAUUUACCAUCUAGAGAAUGUCAAAGAUGGUGAAGAAGCCUGGAAAGCCGACCAGUCCAGUAAAUCAGAGAUUCGAACGCUGAGGCUUCGUUGGGACGUUCCUUCAAAUAGAAAAGGACAAUCAAAUGAAUACAUAGUUAUGGAGCGUCUUCAUCCCAAUCCACGUUUGCAGCACUUGUCUAUCAUUAACUUUGAUGGCUCAAAGUUCCCUUCACGGAUAGUGCAAACGAGGGAAUCAUCACAACUCUUCCGUAACUUGGUGUCCAUCAAGCUUGGGAAUUGCAACAGGUGCACUCAGAUUCCACAACUAGGACACCUUCCUUCUCUGAAACAUAUGGAGUUAGGCCCUUUCCGAAUGAUCUUGACCAUUUCCCCUGGCUGUGUUCGACAUCCAGCAGCACCAACCAUUUUACCUCUCUGA